GUUGUUGCGUGCGAGGCCUGGACGCGACGAAGUUAGUCACGCUUAUGGGGAGUGCGUCAUACGCGAGGCAGUGUCAUCUUCGUCCUCGACAGAGCACGCAGAUAGUACGAGUCUUCGCGUCUCGUCUUCGCUCCGCCAUGUCAACGUUUACACCUGUGUCAGAGGUCGAACCUUCACGAGUAGAUGUUCCGAGGAUUGCGCCAUGGGUGUUCCUCUCGCUAAAAGAAACUGAGUGCUUAGACUCAGGUUGGGCUAUCGAAAGGGUCACCUUCACAUCCCUUGUUGAUGCUGACUCGUCUGUAAACGAUACUUCUCUUACCG